GGCUACUAUUUUACUUGACGUCCAUUUAGGGAUAACUUCGUACGGAAAAAUAAAAUCAUUCCUCAUAAACAUUUUUUUUUUUUAAAUUUAAUCAGUCAAAAUUAAUUCGACAUAACGCUGCUUCCAACUCCUACAAAUACCCACAAGAAGUUCAAUUCGUUCACAAGUUGUCAAGUAUGGCAGGGCAACAUGGUGAGGGAAUUGCAGUCCCCAAUUUACAGAUUGAAAGUGUUCAAACUGUUAGUCCAGACAAGGUAACUGAUCCACUGCAGAGACGCCAAGUGUUGGUGUCAGAUGCGGUUGGUUCAUGGAUCUACCGGAGGUGCUUUAACAUACUUCUUUACUACAAGAAGGUGGUUGAGCAUGAAUCUGGUUGGAUAGUAGCUGGUUGGAUGAGGGAAUCCAUAGGUCGAGUUUUGGUUGAUCAACCAUUGCUCAGUGGAAGACUACGAAGAGGUGAAGAUGGCCAUGGUGGAUUAGAAAUCGUGUCUAAUGAUUGUGGCCUUAGGCUCAUAGAGGCUAAGAUCCCUAUAACUUUGUCGGAGUUUCUUGACAAGAAGAAUAAAGACGAUGAAGCUAAGCUUGUCUUCUGGAAGGAUGUUGAUGAACAAAACCCUCAAUUCUCUCCACUAUUUUAUAUUCAGGUGACCAACUUUGAAUGCGGUGGAUAUUCAAUCGGUAUGAGCUGCAACAUUCUUCUUGCAGACCUCUUAAUCAAGGAAAAUUUCCUGAAGAAAUGGGUAAAUAUUCACAAUGAAAAGCUUUCCAAAACUGAUGAUGCCCUCAAAACUCCCCUAUUCUACCUCCCUAAUCUCAAAAAGCCUAGUGGCUCCCCAAGCAUUCCCAUCAUCAGCUCCGACCAAGGCAAAACUCGUGGCCAAACAGUGAUCUUCAAAAUUGCUGAUAAAAAUGUUAAUUUGGAAAAUGAAUCGAUCAAGAAAAUCAUGUUAGUUUGUGUUAAGGAGGCAGAGAGUCAGCUGGGUAUUAAAAUGGGACAAACUUUUCCACUCUUUCUGAAAGAGCCCUCCAACACCAUCAAAAUUGAAACUUGUUCGAGAUUUGAAAAGGGGAUGGUUCCAUGGGAGAUGAAUCUUAGGAGUCAAGUCAGAAGUGAAAGUUGGGAUGAUUUAGGGGCCAAUGAGAUUGUUAUUGAAAAAGGAAAUAAACCUACUCGCGUUUCACAUUGGAUGGGAUCAGCGAUGGAUGGACUUGUGAUGGCACUCACAUCUCCCCAAGGCGAGGAGGCUAGCUCUAAACUCAACGUCAUUGUCUCGGUUCCUUGAAACUACAACAUUUGUUCUCGGAUCCUCUAAAUUAAUAUUUGUUCGAUCUGUGUAAUUGGUUGAUGAACAUCAAUCGUUUAGGUGUCAAGUGUAACUUCCUCAUUGGGCUUUAUAAUGAAAAUGAAGAUCUUUCUGAUUAAUAAUGAAAAUGCUCAUAUUGUUAUAAAA